AUGAAUUUUCAUGAUGCUGUUUGCCCUUUCGACGAUGAAGAUGAUGAUGGUGAAGUUUACAUUGAUGAGUCUGAUAUCAUCGAUGCAAUUUCCUUGGACGAUGAAGACCUUCCUGAUGCAGACGACGAUUCUGAAUCCGAUCAUGAAGCGAAUGACGAUGCUGUGCGCAUUUUCAAACUUGAUUCUAGUAAGAUUUUGGCUGCAUUAGGGUUUUUGUUAACUAGGAAAUUGCAAUUAUACUCUGUUGCUUGCAGCCCAACAGAUGCAUCAUUGGUGGCAGCAGGGGGCAAUAGCAAUGAAGGAUUUAUUUGGAGGAUUGGCCAAGAAGAUUUGAAAUUUCACCUUCAAGGCCAUACAGAUUCUAUUUCUAGUUUAGCUUUUAGCUAUGAUGGACAGUUUCUUGCAUCAGGAAGUUUAGAUGGAAAUGUUAGAGUGUGGGAUGCUUUUGGAAAUCUACAAGGUGAACUAGAAGGUCCUGGUGCUCAAGGGGGCAUUGAGUGGAUCAGGUGGCAUCCAAGAGAACAUAAAAUUUUAGCUGGUUGUUCAGAUUCCACUGUUUGGAUGUGGGAUGCUGUUUCAUUUAACUUUCUUAAUAUUUUUGGUCAUGGUGAUGGUCGUGUGACUUGUGGUGAUUUUACUUCCGAUGGUAGUAGGAUAUGUGCUGGUUCUGAGGAUUCAACUUUGAUGAUAAGGGAUGUAGAAGGUGGAGGAAGAAAUCAUAUUCUGCGGAGACAGCCGGGUCAUCCAUACCAUACUGAUAGAAUAAAAUGCUUAGCAAUAAGUUCAACUUCAACUCUUGCUCUUACUGGUUCGGAGGAUGGAUCUAUCUAUCUUGCCAAUAUCAAUACAGGAAGAGUUAUUGACGCGCUGGCUCCUCGUUCAGAAUCCAUUGAGUGUGUUGGGUUUGCACCAAGUUGUUCAUGGGCUGCUGUUGGAGGCAUGGAUGAAAAACUGAUCAUUUGGGAUAUAGAGCAUUCCUUAUUCCGAGAUUCUUUUAACCAUGAGCAUGGAGUGUCAUGUUUGGCAUGGCUUGGUGCAUGGAAUGUGGCUGCUGGAUGUGUGGAUGGAAAAGUGAGACUAUGGGAUAGCCGUUCGGGUGAAUGUGUUAAAAAAUUCAUGGUGCACAAAAAAGCCAUUGAAUCUCUUUCUGUGUCUGCUGAUCAGAAUUUCCUUUUCUCUGCUUCAAUUGAUGGAAAAGCUGUUGCAUAUGAUAUGAGGAUGUGAAUCAUCUAGUAACACCCCUUUGUUCAGGGCAUGUGCCUAUGCUAUGUUUAUGUUGAUACUCAUUGUUAUUUUUAUGGUAGGGGUUAAAAAUUGUUAUGAAGGUUUCAUUGACCGGGAUAUUUUAGGACAGAGUUGGAUUUUCUUUUUCUCUUUAAUUAUUUUCUUUGUUGUUGUCGAAUAUUAUUAUUAUUAUAUAUUAAGUUUGUUG